CACAUUGUAGCAAUGCCCCACGGUGUGGCCUUCCUUUUGGUGGCAGCCACAUGGGCUGUGGUCUCCCGUGCUGAUGGGUGCAAUAAGGCCCUCUGCGCCAGCGACGUCAGCAAGUGCUUGCUGCAGGAAGUGUGCCAGUGCGAGGCCAACCGAGCUGGGUGCCCAUGCUGUCGGGAAUGUGCUUUCUGCUUGGGCAAUCUCUGGGAGUCGUGCUGUGAGUGUGUGGGGCUGUGUGACGAGCGUCCCUCCUCAGCCCCCCGCCCUGCCCUGCGGAGCUCCAUGCACAACCUGAUGUCCCCGGUGCCUUCGCUCUUCCGGGCACUGAUGGCCAUCUCUGACAAUGACCCUCCUAUGGGCUGGACCAUCCUGACCCUACCAGUCGAAGAGGAGCUGCGGCAGAACCAUGCGGAGACCAGCCACCUCCUCCUGGGGCCUCACACAGGCUUGGCCCUCUCGGAUGCCAAGGGCCUCAAUGCCACCAUGCCACCGUGCCAGUCCAUUUUCUUCAACGAGUGCCUGUCCAUGAGCCGAUGCCGGACGGCUUGCCAGUCGGUGGGCGCCUGGCGCUACCGCUGGUUCCACAAUGCCUGCUGCCAGUGUCUGGGGCCAGACUGCCUGGGCUAUGGGGGAGCCCACGCACAAUGUUCCAGUUGCCGGGACUGAGAUCUAUGGGUCUCUCGCCCCCUCAAAAAACACCCACUCACCUUGCCCUAGCCUCUGCUUGGGCUGCCUGCCCCAGUCACACCCAAUCUCCCUUUCUUCACUGAGCAAACAUGAAGGAAGCAUUUGCUUUUUGUUGCUGUUCAUUAACCUUUUUGGUUCUAUGGGCCACUCUGGA